AUGCUUUCGUGUCUAAAGUUGGAUGGUUUGGAUUUUCAUGGAUACACUUUGGUUGCGAGGCCGGCUCAACCAACUCGAGAUGAAUUGACAGUUGCACAACGUGCUUCGGACGAGGCUACAAAGCUUCGAAUAACCGAGGAAGCUAAACAACGUGAAGCGCAAUUAGCUACUGUAAUGGGUGUAUGUGAUUCAACAAUUAUCACAUCUGGUCAUGUUGAAAAAUGCUUGGAUAGAGCUACUUGUGAUGAACAUCCUAUCCAUCCUCCCAAGAUGUCAGUCGGUGAUACAUUUCCCAAUUCUUCAUCCAUGUUGUCUUCCCAUAUUUUCAUACCUGACUUGUAUGGGAAACUUGGUCUUCAUCAAAAUUGCAAGGCGAAUUCUCAAGGUCCAAAUUUUAAGACUCCUUGUGAGUGUUUUAUCCAUGGCAGUCAUGUUUAAUUGUCUGUUUUUGUACCGCAUAAACGUCAUUAUAAUAAGGCUUUGUAAAAUUUCGAAAAGUUUGCUUGCUAUUCCUGAAAAGGUUCAUUGAAACAAUAAUUUUUAUUUCGUAAGUUUGAAUGAGAUGCUUUUGUUAUUGCUUGUCUAACUGUUUGCUGUUUGUACGCUUUCACAGCUUAACAAUCACCUUUCUCGACAUUGAUUAUCAUGACUAUCAUUUGAAUUUAGUGAAAGAGGGAUAGAUGGAAAUAUGGUUUCAAACCAUGAAAUUAACUGUAUUAGGCACUGCAUUUUGUUUGGUUGAGUGGUUUAUUUAGUUGCAGAUAUAACAAUUGUGGUUUCGCUUAUUCAUUCACUUGAUAGACGGAUAGAUCAACACAUAACUUGGUGCAGUAGUGUAUCAGUUCAAGUUGCCACACUUCAUACUGGCAUACCAUAAAAUUAGGUGGAAGUAAAUGAGAGGAAAUGGAAGGUGGCAGAGACUGCGUGAAUUUCUAUCA